AUGGUCCUGAACGUCACAUCCAUGCAAGCCAUCACAUGGAAUGGGACUCCUUUUCAAGUUGACAUAUCCACAUUGCCUAUUCCAAACAUUAUUUCCUCGACGGAUGCUCUUGUCAAGGUUGACUUAGCUGGGAUAUGUACUGCGGAUAUCCAUACUUAUAACGGCGAAUUUAAAGAAAAAGAGGUGCCAUGGGUGAUGGGACACGAGGCUUUGGGAGUGGUUGUCGAUGUUGGAGACUCUGUCACUUCUUUCUCCACUGAUGACAAGGUCAUCAUUCUUGAUCAGAUCUUGGAGGAUUAUCCCGCUGAGUAUGUUCGAGUUCCAUUUGCAGACGAUAACCUGCUUGCCGUCCCCCAGUCGCAGCAUCUUGAUUCAACCCAGAAUUCUUCCGAUGAUAUCGCUCUUGACUACCUUCUUGCAUCAAGUGUCUUCCCUGCCGGCUGGGGAGCGCUUGAUCUUGCUGGCUACCAACCGGGAGACUCGGUCGCUGUUUUCGGUGCUGGACCAAUAGGCCUCAUGGCUGUGUAUUCUGCAAUACUACAAGGUUCCUCGCGAGUGUACCUCCUCGACAGCGAUCGUAGAAGACUUUCGGUCGGCGAGGGAAUGGGGGCAAUGCCGAUCGAUUUCACUCAGUCGGACCCUGUUUCGCGGGUUCGCCGCCAAGAAGCAGCUGGAAUUUUGAGAGUUGUCGAUUGCAUUGGUAUUGAAAGCACCAUUGAAACCCGUGCAUCACUUGAAGACAAAAUUUUGGAGUAUAUGAUGGGCAUUGUAGCAGAGAAUGGAAGUAUCGGUCGGGUUGCGGUAGCCAAACCGAUGAACCAAUCUGUUGGGAUAUCUAUUUGGAGGGCAUUUAUACCAACUUUUCAAUUCUCUUUGUCCGGAAUUUUUGAGGAGGGACCACAAGUUCAGUCUGGGGUGGUUGACCCAGCCUUGCUGGCUCCUCGAUUGAUAGAGAUGGUCUCCAAACGCUUGGCGAGGCCAAGUUUUAUCGUGAGCAGUCUUAUUAGCGUUGAAGAAACGCCACAAUUCUAUCAGCGUGCAAGCCGUAAUCUGGAGACAAAAGUGGUUUUAAAGAUUGGAGUAUAG